AUGUCCGGAUAUCCACCUCCUCCACCGGCAAUGUAUUCACAGCAAUCCGCUUAUCAACCACCGAUUAAUCCUCCUCACUCUCCUUACCAAGGAGGUUAUGGGUAUGAUAACGGUGUAUAUGAUAAUAAUAUAUUCAAUAAUAAUGGGUAUAAUAAUAAUAAUAAUGGAAAUAACAAUGAUGGUAAUAAUGAUGGUUAUAAUGAUGGUUAUAAUAAUAAUAAUGGUUAUAAUAAUGGUGGUUACAAUAAUAAUCAAAAUUAUCACGAUCAUCAAUUGGAACGUCAAAAUAGUUAUCCUGAUCCAAAUCAUCAUUCUUUGGAUUUUGACCAAGGGUUUACUGAUAAAGUUAAUAAAAGAAAGUCAAUUAGACAUAUAGAAUUAACUCAUGGAAAUUUAGUAUUAGAUUGUCCAGUUCCAGAUAAAGUUCUUCAAAAUGUAAAAAUUAAAACAGGAGAAGAAUUUACUCAUAUGAGAUAUACAGCUGUAACUUGUGAUCCUGAUGAUUUUAAUCAAAAUAAUUAUUUACUUCGUCCUUAUAUUUUUGGAAGAAAAACGGAAUUAAUGAUCGUUAUGACUAUGUAUAAUGAAGAUGAUCAAUUAUUUAUUAAAACAAUGUCAUCUGCUAUUAAAAAUAUAGCUCAUUUAUGUACAAAAGAUAAAUCAAAAAUUUGGGGUAAAGAUGGUUGGGAAAAAGUUGUGGUGGUUGUAGUAGCAGAUGGUCGUAAUAAAGUAAAUCAACGUGUAUUAAAAGUUCUUGGUGCUAUGGGUGUUUAUCAAGAUGGUAUAAUUCAAGAUAAUGUUGAUGGUCAACCCGUUACUGGUCAUUUAUUUGAAUAUACUUCUCAAUUAAUGCUUGAUAGAGAUUUAAAUAUACAUGGUCUUGAUAAAAAUGUUCCUCCUGUACAAAUCCUUUUUUGUUUAAAAGAAAAAAAUGCGAAAAAAUUAAAUAGUCAUAGAUGGUUUUUUAAUGCUUUUGCUGCUCAAUUAAAUCCAAAUGUAUGUAUUUUAUUAGAUGUUGGUACAAAACCUUCUCAUACAUCUGUUUAUCAUCUUUGGAGAGCAUUUGAUAGAGAUCCAAAAAUUGGUGGUGCUUGUGGUGAAAUUAAAGCUGAACUUGGUGCUAAUGGAAAAAAUUUACUUAAUCCUUUAAUUGCAUCUCAAAAUUUUGAAUAUAAAAUGUCAAAUAUCUUGGAUAAACCUUUAGAAUCUGUAUUUGGUUAUAUCUCAGUAUUACCAGGUGCUUUUUCUGCUUAUAGAUAUAAAGCAUUACAAAAUACUUCUCCUGGUAAAGGUCCUUUGGCUUCUUAUUUUAAAGGUGAAACCAUGCAUGGUUCUUCUGAUGCAGGUAUUUUUGAAGCAAAUAUGUAUUUAGCAGAAGAUCGAAUUUUAUGUUUUGAAUUGGUCGCUAAAACCAAUGAAGCUUGGACUUUAAAAUAUGUAAAGUCUGCUAAAGCAGAAACAGAUGUACCAGAUAAUGUUCCAGAAUUUAUUUCACAACGCCGUAGAUGGUUAAAUGGUUCUUUCUUUGCCGCUUUUUAUUCAAUUGCAAAUUUUAUGCGUAUUUGGAGUUCUGGUCAACCUUUUCUUCGUAAAAUCCUUUUACAAAUUGAAUUCAUUUAUAACGCGAUUAAUCUUCUCUUUAAUUGGUUCGCUUUAGGAAACUUUUAUUUAGCAUUCUUUUUCUUAACAUCUGCUACAACAUCAAAUCCAAAAUUUGAUCCAUUCAAAGGUCUCGGAGAUGAAUUAUUCUAUAUAUUUCGUUCAUUAUAUUUGAUGGUUAUAGUAACAAUAUUUAUUUGUUCAAUGGGUAAUCGUCCACAAGGUUAUAAAAUAACUUACUUUCUUUGUAUUAUAUUAUUCGCAAUAAUUAUGGCAACAAUGUUAUAUUGUGCAGGUUAUACAGUUUAUCUUAGUAUAGAAAAUGUUAAUGAUUUUAAAAGUAUAGCAAGUAUAAAAGAUGCAUUAAAAAGUGCAGAAUUUCGUGAUGUAGUAAUUUCAUUAGCUUCAACUUAUGGAUUAUAUUUUAGUUCUUCUUUAUUACAUGGUGAACCAUGGCAUAUGAUAACUUGUUUGGUUCAAUAUACUUUAUUAAUUCCUUUUUAUGUAAACAUUUUAAUGGUAUAUGCAUUUUGUAAUACUCAUGAUGUUUCUUGGGGUACUAAAGGUGAUAAUAAUAAUAAUGGUGGAGGAAGUAGUGCACAACCUAUUGCUGGUAAAGAUGGUAAAAAAUUGAUGCAAGUUGAAGUACCUCACGAAAAAGCUGAUGUUAAUGCUACUUAUGAUGAUUUGGUUAAUGAUUUAAAAGUUAGAGUAUUUGAAGAAAAACAACAUCGUGAUGCUGCUACUAAAAAAGAUGAUUAUUAUAAAUUAUUUAGAACUAAUUUAGUAUUAGCUUGGAUGUUUUCAAAUGCUUUCUUGGUUGUGUUUUUCACUUCAAAUACUUGGAAUAGAUACGUUCAUGAAAAAAUUGCUGAUGGUGCUUAUAAUCCUUAUUUAUCAUUCAUAUUUUGGUCUGUUACAUGCCUUUCAGCUUUUAGAGCUUUCGGAUGUGUUUGGUAUUUAAUCCUUAGAUUGUUGUACGGUUAA